UGGUAGUGGGGAUAGGGACUAGGGAUGGGCAGAAAGAUUCUGAAGCGAAUGUUGACAGAUCAGGCUCCCUCCACAAGGCUGAGCUGAGGAGGGCCAACCAAGCCCAGUGCUGUAGGUCAGCAGCUGAGUGGGCAGACCUGAGCCUGAAGUGCAUCUCUCUGCCCACAGGCCAGGACUCAGUCAGCCCCAUCCGUACCACCCACACCGGGCAGGUGCGGGGCAGCCUCGUCCAUGUGAAGGGCACCGAUGCGGGGGUCCACACCUUCCUGGGAAUUCCCUUUGCCAAGCCACCUGUAGGACCACUGCGCUUUGCAGCCCCUGAACCCCCUGAAGCUUGGAGUGGUGUGAGGGAUGGGACCUCCCACCCGGCCAUGUGUCUGCAAAAUGCAGAUGCAUUGAAUAUAGAGGCUCUGGACCUAGGGAGUACAAACUUGCCUCCCAUCCCCAUGUCAGAGGACUGCCUGUACCUCAGCAUCUACGCGCCUGCACAUGCCCGUGAGGGCUCUAACCUGCCUGUGAUGGUCUGGAUCCAUGGUGGUGCCUUGGUGAUGGGCUCAGCUUCCAUGUAUGAUGGUUCUAUUCUGACAGCCAUUGAAAAUGUCCUGGUGGUCACUAUCCAGUACCGCCUGGGAGUUCUGGGCUUCUUCAGCACUGGAGACCAGCAUGCCACUGGCAACUGGGGCUUCCUGGACCAAGUGGCCGCCCUACGCUGGGUCCAGCAGAAUAUCGCACACUUUGGAGGCAACCCUGAUCAGGUCACCAUUUUUGGCGAGUCUGCAGGUGGCACUAGUGUGUCCUCACAUGUGGUGUCUCCAAUGUCCCAAGGACUCUUCCAUGGUGCCAUCAUGGAGAGUGGGGUGGCUCUGCUGCCUGAUCUCAUCACCAGCUCAUUUAAAGAUGUCUCCACAAUGGUGGCCCACCUGUCUGCCUGUGGGCAAGUAGAGUCAGAGGCCCUGGUGAGCUGUCUGCGGGGCAAGAGUGAACAGGAAAUGCUGGCUGUUACCAAGGCUUUCAGUGUCAUUCCUGCUGUGGUGGAUGGGGCCUUCCUACCCAGGCACCCUCAGGAGCUUCUGGCCUCUGCUGAUUUUCAACCUGUUCCGAGCAUCAUUGGUGUCAACAAUGAUGAGUAUGGCUGGCUCCUUCCCAUGCUCUUGGGCCCCCCUGAAAUCCAGAAAGAUCUAGAUAGAGAGUCCACGCGAGCUGUUCUGCGGAAAAUGUCAACACAGAUGAUGAAGUUGCCUGCUGAAUGUGCUGACCUAUUGAUGGAGGAGUACAUGGGAGACAACGAGGACCCCCACACCCUCCGACUCCAGUACCAGGAGAUGAUGGCAGACUUCAUGUUUGUGAUGCCUGCACUCCAAGUAGCACAUUAUCAGAGUUCCCAUGCUCCUGUCUACUUCUAUGAGUUCCAGCAUAGGCCCAGCAUCUAUAAGAAUAUCAAGCCACCACAUGUGAAGGCUGACCAUGGUGAUGAAAUCAUCUUUGUGUUUGGAUCCUACUUCAAUGGCAUUAGAAUUGAGCUCACUGAGGAGGAGGAGCUGCUGAACAGAAGAAUGAUGAAGUACUGGGCCAACUUUGCUCGAAAUGGGAACCCCAACGGAGAGGGCCUACCCCACUGGCCACUGUUCGACCAGGACCAGCAGUACCUGCAGCUGGACAUCCAGCCUGCUGUGGGCCAGGCUCUGAAGGCACACAGGCUGCAGUUCUGGACCAAGACCCUGCCUCAGAAGAUCCAGGAGCUAAAGGGGGCUGAGGACAAGCACACAGAGCUCUAGCUUCCUUGUCAGGAAGAGAGGGGUGUGCUAGGUGUGAUGGGGUCUUCCUGUGGUGCCCACCCAAGAACCAGGGUUCACCCACUUAUUCACGUAGCUAUUUGUCUAUACACUCCACCAUGGAUCCUCUCCUGUUAGACACACUCAUAAUUCCCAAGGAGGCUGUGGAUGGUAAGCCAGUUCAUGCCACCUUCCUCCUCACCCCACUGUGCCUGAGUCCUUCCCUCCCUUCCUCCCCUCUCCUUCCUUACAACCCCUCCUAUCCCCUCCUCCCAGUUGCCACACCCUCCCAUGCUGACCGAGAAGUUUCAGGAAGCAGAGCUGGUACUUUUCCAAAUCCCUUGCCCACCUCUCAGCAAGCACCCAUGUUCUCAUACUGGUGGGACCUCUGUAGAGAACCUGUACACCAGAAGCCCCAGUGUUUCACUCCAUCAGGCUCCUGUAACAACAACAGCAACAGCAACUACAGCAACAAUAAUAACGUAGUGAGGCAUGAAGGCACAUGCCCAUAAUCCAAGCCACUCAGGAAGCUUAGGGAGAAGAACUACAUACUCUGCACAGGCUGGCCACUUGGGGAGACCCGAGCUCAAAAUAAAAUAACUAGUUCCAGGAGAGUA